CAUACGGACCGCAAAACUCAUUUCAGAGCGGCCUCGCUACCGCUAGCUCUUGUGAGACUGGUGCACGAUGAGUAGGUCAGCAGAGAGCAAAGCGGCAUUGGCGGAGCGACAGGAACGCCUCGAGUUGCGCAGAAAGGAGGUUGGCAUCCAGAUUGACCGCGUGACAGAUGUCUCGAGCACUGAUUUUCCUGGUCACAGUGCUGAUGAGGACCAUGCGUGGGACCUGGAGACAUUCAAGAAAGGUCUGUUUGUGCAGAUUGUCAAGCUUGACAAGGAUAUGCUAGAAUUUGAUCUGGUCGGCGUGGAUGCGAGUAUUGCGAAUGCUAUUCGUCGGAUAUUGAUUGCUGAGGUACCGACCAUGGCAAUUGAGUAUGUCUAUGUCAUGACCAAUACCUCGGUCGUUCAAGACGAGGUGCUCUCACAACGGUUGGGUCUUGUGCCGCUGCUGAUGCCCAUUGACUCCUUCAAGGACUUUCAGCGGCCCAAGGAAGGCGAGCAAGCAGCGCCCACUGAUGAAGACACUGCUGUCUUUGAUCUUAGAGUUCGUUGCACACGAAAUAAAGAUGCGCCAAAGGGCUGCGAGGAUCCGAAAGUACUCUACGUCAAUGGCGACGUAACGAGCGGCCACAUUCAGUUUCGCCCGAUGGGUAGUCAAGCAGAAGUUUUGAAGGAUAUCGAUACACUUGGACCCGUCAACAAGGACAUCCUAUUGACGAAAUUACGACCUGGACAGGAAGUUGAUCUUGAACUACAUGCUGUGCGUGGCAUUGGGCAAGACCAUGCCAAAUUCUCUCCAGUAUCUCCUGCAAGCUAUCGCAUGAUGCCAACCAUUACGCUUCUCGAGCCCAUCACAGGUGAGGAUGCACAUAAAUUCCAGAAAUGCUUCCCCAAAAGCGUCAUUAAGGUCAAGAAGGAUCCAACGACAGGCCUCGACACUGCUGUUGUGCGUCAUCCCAGAUACGAUACAGUCUCGAGGGAAUGCUUGCGACACCCAGAAUUCAAGGACAAAGUACGUCUGGGACGGAAACGUGACCACUUUCUCUUCACGGUGGAGGGAACAGGCGUUUACGAGGUGGAUGAGCUUGUGAUCAAGUCGCUGCAAAUUCUGAGGACUAAAUGCCGUGUCAUCAAGCAGGAAAUUGAGAGACUACAAGGUGAAGGAGCCAGUAAUGUCGCAGAGGAAGAGUCAAACACAGAGGCUGAAGGUGCAGACAAAAUGACCGGUGUGGAGACGCAAUGAUGGCUCAUGAUUACGCACCUCGCUCGACCACCAUCGGGCAUCCAUGCUAGCGCUUUGAGACCACACGGCAGCGGUAUCAAUCUCUGAGUCAUCAUAUUAGCUUGACUGCAAUCUAUACACUGUCCGUCUAUGCCUCCAUGUACACACUUUUAUAACAAAACCUCAGAAACACCUAAAGACAAAGGACUGUCGCUUUUUCAAAAUCAUACACAUGCUCAUGACGCAACCAUCAAACAGGCGAAGGGCCUCCAGGUGGAGCGAACCGGACACUCUGAACAGAAGACCUGCGAGAUGCUUGUUCUGCUGCAGCGCUCAAGCUUGCAGAAUCACGCCUCGACGACCGUAUCGCAGACACACUAGGUAUCGAUAGCCUCGGUAGCGCAAUAGACGGCAAUGACGAUGAGUGUCGUGCUUGCCUUGACGGUGCUGGACUUUCUGAAGGUGUUGAUAACGUCGCCAA